CCUCUGCAUUCAGGCCGCAUCCGAUACCUGCGCAUCGAGCCUCGGUCUCUCACAGGCCACCUCUCUAUUCGUCCACCCCGCGUUCUGCAUAUCCUCCCAUGAUUCCGGCAUUCAAUGACUGCAUCUCGGCCCAUGUUCCGCCCAGCAUCCGGGCUGGCAUCUGGAAUCUUGUCACGACCCUGCAGCAUGGUCGGCUCCAGGGUCUCGCCCGGGUGCUGAGGCCGUUGAUGCACCUGAAAACCAGCGCCGACAGCGAGACUUUGAUCAAAGAGCCACCAUCCGUUGUCUCGGCGGCCCUGGUGUUUGCAGUUGAUCCGAUUUCUCUACCGCAUCUCGGAAACGUCCUCGAUAUCACUGACUCGACAGAUUUGAGCUGGGCAUCUGUCGAAGAGUGUCUGGAAAAAGGAUCAUGGGCAUCGAUUGCGAUGGGGAAUGACCUGAGCGAUCGAGCAAAGCCCAAUGCUGAGGCAAUCGAGACUUUCUGGUUGGUCUGUCUGUAUAUUGCCUAUUUUCUCCCCACAGCUCCAUCUCGCGUAUUCGAGGUUGGGGAUUGCAUCACAACCCGAGCAGUCCUGGAGCGGAUUGUCGCCAAGAUCCAAGCCAAGCAACUGGCCAUCAUGGACACAGAGCGCACCUCACUGGCCCCAGGAUUGUGGCAUCGAUGCUUCUCGGAUAUCAAUCUGCAAGUCGAGUCUGUGGUCGCAGAGGACACUGGGCGUCAUAUUCCCUGCAACGUGGCUGUUCAAGAUAUUCUUGAGACCAUUCGAUUCCAUGGCCUUCGUCAACAGGGCUGGAUCGCCGGCUCUAAAUCCACGGCCAAGCUCUCCGUCGCCGAUGUCGACAAACUGGCGGACCUUGCUUCCAGCAGCUGGUCCAUAGUGAUGGCUCGCUAUCUCGGGGGCACCGUGUCGGCCGUUUUGAAUCUGGAACUUCUCGCACAGUAUAUAGGACAGCUUCCAACCAAGUGGUUUUCUCGGGACGUGGCGGUGCUGUUGCAUGAUCGAUGGACCGAGUGGACAAUGGUUCCGGGCCAAACCGAAGCUCAAGGCUUGAUCCAUCUGCUCAAUGUCUGGACUGGAUACCUUCAAAAAACAGACGAUGUCCAGAACGUCGAUGUUUUUGAGGACAUUGCCAACUCGAGUGUCUUUGCACCGCAUGUGAUCCAGGAAGAAUUGGUCCCUGUCAUGUCGGCGUUUGUGCGCUUUCUACUGAUCUUCCUUGCUAAAACUCAAAGUGGCGGUCAUCAUUUCAAUCGCAUCAAAUCCUCGCUUGCCCUGACGCCGACCAUGCCCGACAUCAAGCAGUUAGAAGCUCUGGCCUCGGCCCUGGCCUUUUUCAUGGCUCGUGCGGAUCCCGAGGAAAGCAUACAGCUUUCGAUGAUUGUCGUCGACACGUUUUCGCGCGUCAAUACCGGAUCCGACGUGGCUCAGCUUUACCAGGAGUCGGCCGAUGGAUUUAUUAGGCGUGGUCUGCUGGUGUCAUCAUUAUUUGAAGAGACUCUGGAACAUGGCGACGCUUUCCCGAGCCAAGAACGGGAUUCUCGGUCGCAAAAGAAAUGGAGGCUCCAGGACUGGCUAGUCACCUCGCAGAACAGCAUGGAUCGUGAGAGUUCCGACGGUGCUGUAUCGGGAUUGCAGUCGAUGCGAACGUGGGCUGUUAGAGCCAUCGAAAGCAUAUCCAAUAGUGCCAUAUCACCCAUGAUCGACAAUGAAGCCAGCCACCGACAGUCGACUCUUACGUUGGCAAUAGCGAUUUUUGCUCUAGUUGGACUCAGACGGGGCCGCAAAAGGAUGACGAGCAUGUCCAAGGAACCAAGCAAGACUAUGAAGCGAGUCGACCAGAUAAUUCUUGAGACACUUUUUCAAGCCUCACGAGUGUGCGCCGAGACGAACAGAGACGGAAAGAUGAGCUGGCAGAGUUAUGUUCUCCAGGAAUCGAUUGGAUAUGGAAUGACCCAACUGGAGAACGUGUAUAUCCCUCGUCUUGCGCCGCCGCAGUUCGACGAUUUAGAGACCAUCACGGAUCUUGGUGCACGCUUCAUUUUUGAGUCUCCGAUGACACUUGGGCUUCCGCCUGGCUUUUUUCUCGAGCUUUCUGGUCAUCUCCGAGACACCAAGCGCCUGUCCACAGGAAACGGAAGUAUUUCUGCCGAACGAUUCCGACACUACGACAUUGUUCUUGAAAAAUCCGAUAGGGACCUGUAUUCUGCAAACUUUUCAGCAAUCCCGACGAUGACGCGGGCGCUCGCAGACAUGCUGGCAACUAUCUAUUUUUCCCACGAAGAAGAGCCUCCGUCAUUCGCUGGCCUCGUCAAGGUCUUCGAAACCAUCCGCAACAAAUGCCGCUCCACAGCAGAAGACUGGGCGGCGAAUAUAGCAUCCCUCGAUCAAGUGGCUGACAAUCCAGCGCUCGUCGGUACCAUGCAGAUUCUCAAAACACUCCUUUUUGCGGUGGCAUACAUAUCUGAGCAAUAUGUGCAGUCCAGUCUUCAUAGAAAUCGCCUGCGCAUGAGAGCCAGCGCCAAAUGGGCAGAGCUUCAGCACCAAAUUUUCACAACGAUUCUCGAGUGUUUCUAUCACCUUCACUUUGUUGCGACCGGUUUCGGAUCAAGCAUGUUCCCGUCCUGGAACCACACCUUCUCCGAAAUUACGCGCUGGAUCGUCGCCAGGAAUAUCAAGGCUGCGGGCCGCUCUGUUCGCCAGGCAACGCCAUUCGAAGCAAUGAUGGAUGGACUGACGCCCGAAUAUCGCGGAUCUGGCGUUAGCAACUGUGUCGUGCAUCGUUGCCGGCUGCUGUUCUACCAACAAUUGGUGCGGGCUCUGCUGCCAAUUAUAAGCGACGAUGUGCUCUUGCACCAACUCCUCCCACAAAUGUCUCCGUACAUUGUGUGUAGUCGGCCGCCUGGAUCUGCCAUGGCGAUGGGCGAUCGCAGUCGCCAAGCCAGCGAGCUGACUGAGCUUUUCGAGGCGAGUCAUAUGGUCUGUGUUGGCGUUGUCUCCGAAAUGUGCUGGCGGCUCUCAAAGACCAAGCUAAUCGAGAACUCGAGACUCUGGAAUGAACGGGUUCGGUUCAUUGGCGAGUUUACCAUGUGGUACUGCCGUACCCUGCUCGAGCACUUUCCGGAUCCCGUGGACUUGGAGCUUCUGCGUGGAUGCUUUCGGAGUAUCAUUGUCUCUAUUUCGACGCUCUCCCGGCAAAGCCAGGCCAGUCGCAAGGCUCUCACUAGAAAAAGCCUGACGGCCCAGGAUGACAUGGACGACGAUUCCCCCGACCAUCUGGACGCCGAAGAUCAGCCCGAGGAAGAAUUAGACGAUGGUCAAGAUUAUAUCCUUGCCGACCCUGUCCGCAUUGCCAGCGAUAUUCUGCAGCAUUCCGAACAUGGCAUGGAUGAGGCCCCAGCACCGAACGCACCAGCCCACCAACUUGCGACCGAGAGCACAAGCGAUGUGCUAUCCCUACAGUGUAUUCUCGUUCUCAUCGAAGCCGUGACCGAAGCCAGAAUGGCGACUUGUUCCGGGUCUGUGACCGCACCCGAGUCCGUCGCCACACCUGCCAUCCCAGAGUACAACUCUCGGCCCGAAUUGUCGAAUCUGGGACAGGCUCCGAAAACGGAAACUGUCCGUUCGGGUCAGUUGAAUACUGCAUUGACUGAGGGCGCCGCGACCCUGCCCUCGGGCCCCUCCAGUUCCGGACCCGCCGGUGCAUCGACCAAGCCUCCGGAUCGAUUUGAGCAGUUGUGCAUGGUCUUGAUUGAUCAGAUCCGACACAUCCGCCCACGAUGUCUUGUCCCGCUGCUUGAAGCCAUCCGCUGGGUAAUGCUUGGCGACAAUGAGGCCUUUCCUCGAUCGUUGAAUCUUCUGUUGGAAGACAGCAGUCACGACCCGGCUGUCGAGUGGACGGCGGCUGAGGACGCAGAUCGGGCCCGUAGCCUCCUCCAGAGAUGGUCGGCGCUACGCUUGUGGGUCAUGCGGGAUGCUGGCGGCGGCGAGGAAGGCGCCAUAUCCCCGACCCAGGCUCCGGCAUCAACGCUGUGGCGGUUCCUCUUCGAUACCAUUGCGAGUCAAGACGGAUUGGACUAUACACGCAAGACACAGUGCAUCGGCUGGUAUCUGGAGCUUGUGCGCGAUGCGCAACGGAGGAGCGGCUCUCUGCCGGCGGUGCCCCGCCCGCGUCUGUAAGCGAUGGCAGGAGCAGGGCGCUCCUGCAGCUCCAUUGCUUCGCUUCAUGGUCGGCAGCGGAACCAAUACAUGCGGCCACCGCAACAACCGUCCCUC